CCGUGGCCGCUGCGGCUCUGGCGCUGCGCUUCCUCCGCCGUCCCGGCUCCCGGCCGCGCCGCAGCUGCCGAUCGUUUAACCCUUCGCGUCCAGCUCGGCUCCUCCGCGCCUCCCGUAGGCGCGCCCGCCGAGAAGGCCGCCGCCGCCAAUACCUUCUCUACUGCGAGAAUGUAAGAUGGAUCCAGAAGAGCAGGAGCUAUUGAAUGAUUACAGAUACAGAAAUUACUCUUCUGUGAUUGAAAAGGCUUUAAGAAAUUUUGAGUCCUCCAGCGAAUGGGCAGAUCUCAUAUCCUCACUGGGCAAGCUCAACAAGGCUCUCCAGAGUAACCUGAGGUAUUCCUUGCUGCCAAGACGGCUCGUUAUCAGCAAGAGAUUAGCUCAGUGCCUGCAUCCUGCUUUGCCCAGCGGUGUGCACUUAAAAGCCCUAGAAACCUAUGAAAUUAUCUUUAAAAUUGUGGGGACCAAAUGGCUGGCCAAGGAUUUGUUCCUAUACAGCUGUGGGUUGUUCCCCCUUCUGGCACACGCAGCCAUGUCGGUGAGGCCCGUGCUGCUUGGCCUGUACGAGAAGUACUUUCUCCCGCUGCAGAAGCUGCUCCUGCCGAGCCUCCAGGCCUUCAUCAUCGGCCUGCUGCCCGGCCUGGAGGAGGGCUCGGAGAUCUACGACAGGACGGACGCGCUGCUCCUGAAGCUGUCCCUGGUGGUCGGCAGGGAGGUCUUCUACGCCGCCCUCUGGGGGAGCGUCCUGGCGAGCCCGUCCAUCCGCCUGCCCGCCUCGCUCUUUGUGGUGGGCCACAUCAGCCGGGGCUCGCCCGGCAGAGAGCAGAAGUACAUGCUGGGGACCGACUACCAGCUCACGGUCAAGUCCUUAUGUGCGGCCCUGUUGGACUCAAACGCUGUGCAAAGAAAUAAUCUGGAGAUUGUCCUGUUCUUCUUCCCAUUUUAUACCUGUCUGGAUUCCAACGAGAGAGCCAUCCCCCUGCUCCGGUCCGACAUGGUGCGCGUCCUCUCGGCCGCCACCCAGACCCUCCUGAGAAGAGAUAUGUCUCUGAACAGAAGGCUUUACGCGUGGUUACUAGGUUCAGAUAUUAAAGGAAAUACCGUUGUGCCGGAAUCGGAAAUCUCAAAUUCUUAUGAAGACCAGUCCUCGUAUUUUUUUGAGAAAUAUUCCAAGGAUCUUUUAGUUGAGGGUCUGGCUGAGAUACUGCACCAGAAGUUCCCUGAUGCUGACGUGGAGGAACGCCACCACAUGUACCUGAAGCCUUUCCGCAUCCUUCUCAGUCUGCUUGACAAGCCAGAAAUAGGGCCUCAAGUUGUUGGGAAUUUGUUUCUCGAAGUCAUCCGGGCCUUUUAUUCUUACUGCAGAGAUGCUCUCGGCUCUGAUCUUAAACUGAGCUACACUCAGAGUGGAAAUUCGCUGAUAAGUACAAUAAAAGAAAACAGAAAUGCCUCUGAGAUUGUUAAAACAGUGAAUUUGCUCAUCACAUCCCUAAGCACAGACUUCCUCUGGGAUUACAUGGCAAGGUGUUUUGAGGACUGUUUUAGACCCGCAAAGCAGAGUCACGCUGUCGGGAGAAGCGUGGGCCCUCCCCCGACAGUCUCGGAGCUCUGCACCCUCCUCGUGUUCCUUCUGGACGUGAUCCCCCUGGAACUUUACCCUGAGGUGCAAACCCAGUACCUGCCUCAGGUGCUUGGCUGCGUGGUGCAGCCUCUGGCCAAGGAAAUGGAGGCGCUCAGCUUACCUGAACUCACGCACGCCUUGAAGACAUGUUUCAAAGUGCUCAGCAAGGUGCAGAUGCCGCCUUCCUACCUGGACACAGAGCCUGCAAGUGGAAGCUUGAGUCCAGUCAAAGGUGAAAACAGUGAAGUAAUUUUAGACACAAACGCAGUGCUUCCUGGUGAUGAAGACGCUUCAUUUCCUCCACUUAAAUCUGAAGACAGUGGCAUCGGCCUCAGUGCUUCGUCGCCAGAGCUCUCUGAGCACCUGAGGGUUCCCAGGGUUUCCCCGGACAAAGACGACGUCUGGAAGAAGGGCGGGAGCAUGCAGAGGACGUUUCUUUGCCUCCAGGAGCUAAUUGCCAACUUUGCCCACAAGAACAUCUUUGGAGUACAGCUGACGGCAUCCGGAGAAGAAACCAAGUCGGCAGAGCCCGCGGGCCCGAGGGAGGAGGCUGGGAUGCGGGGCCCGGCGGGCAGCGACUCGGGGAGGAAGAACUCGUGGGAGGCGAAGCCCCUCGGCGGGCCCCAGUUCAGGCAGAUGCUCUCGGACCUGUUCGCGGUGCGCGGGUCUCCAUUUAAGACAAAGAGCUUGGAGUCGCCGUCGCCCCUGCCCAGCAGCCCUGGCCGCAAGGAGGAGGAGGCGUGGGCCGUGGACCAGGUGGUCAUUGACCCGGGGAGCUCGAGGGAGGGCUGCAGGGAGGCCUUCGCCGCGGCCUGCCACCUGCUGCUGGACUGCGCCACCUUCCCCGUGUACCUGUCCCAGGAGGAGACCGAGCGGCUCUGCGACGCGCUCUUCCAGCUGCCGGGAGCUGGCGAUGCCAGUUUUCCAUCUUGGCUGAAAUCCAUGAUGACCAUUUGCUGCUGUGUGACUGACUGCUACCUCCAGGAUGUGGCCAUCUCCACCCUGCUUGAAGUGAUAAACCACUCCCAGUCCCUAGCACUUGUCAUUGAAGACAAGAUGAAACGCUAUAAAAGCUCCGGGCACAACCCAUUUUUCAGCAAGCUGCAGAUGGUGACGGUUCCUCCCAUUGCUCCAGGAAUAUUGAAAGUCAUCGCAGAGAAAACAGACUUCUAUCAGAGGGUGGCUCGUGUGCUUUGGAAUCAGCUGAACAAGGAGACCCGGGAGCAUCACAUCACGUGUGUAGAGUUGUUCUACCGCCUGCACUGCCUGGCCCCGACAGCCAACAUCUGCGAGGACAUCAUCUGUCACGCCCUCCUGGACCCUGACAAGGGAACGAGACUGGAAGCUCUGUUUCGAUUUUCCGUCAUCUGGCACCUGACGAGAGAGAUCCAAGGCAGUCGAGUGACAUCUCACAAUCGCUCCUUUGACAGGUCCCUGUUCGUCGUGCUCGACAGCCUGGCCUGCACGGACGGCGCCAUCGGGGCCACGGCCCAGGGCUGGCUGGUGCGGGCGCUGUCCCUCGGCGACGUGGCCCGCAUCCUGGAGCCCGUGCUGCUUCUCCUGCUCCAGCCCAAAACCCAGAGGACCUCCAUUCACUGCCUCAAGCAGGAGAACUCAACGGGAGACUGGCAUCAUUGGUUUAACAGGAAGCGCACCUCAUUCAGAGCGGCGUGGGGCGCAGCCGAGCCUCAGGAGGGUGGUGGUGAAGAGAGCGCGCCCCUGAGCCAGUUCACCACCGUGGACCGCGAGGCCAUCUGGGCCGAGGUGGAGAAGGAGCCCGAGGUGUACCCGCCGGGCCGCGAGCCCAGCGAGGAAGACCUUCCCUGCUGUGCGGACCCGCUGGACGGGACGGCCUGCGACGCCGCGGACGACAGCGAGCGCACCGAGUCCGCGGACACGAGCCCCACGGACAGCGAGCGCACGUCCUCCUUCUCCUCCCCUUCCCACGAGCCGCAGGAGCUGAGCGGCGGCGAGCUCUGCUGCACGCCCCUCCCCGCGGCGGCGCCCCCAAAGCCGGCGGCCAGCCUCAAGUCCACCGUCGGGUGCAGCCUGGCGCGCGUGGACUCGGACAAGACCCAGGCUUCGGAGUCGCUGUCCAGCGACGAGGAGGCCGCCGCGGAGCUCCAGGCCCUGAGCACGGCCCGGCUGCUGAAGCAGCAGCGGGAGAGGCGGGAGACGGUCGAGGCCCUGUUUAAGCACAUCCUGCUCUACCUGCAGCCCUAUGACUCCCGGCGAGUGCUGUACGCCUUCUCCGUGCUAGAAGCCGUGCUCAAAACCAACCCCAGAGAGUUCAUCGAGGCCGUGUCCCGGACCAGCAUGGACACCAGCUCCACCGCGCACCUCAACCUCAUCUCCAACCUCCUGGCUCGCCACCAGGAGGCGCUCGUCGGCCAGAGUUUCUACGGAAAGCUCCAGACCCAGUCUCCCAACGUGUGCCCUCACUCGCUGCUGAUCGAGCUCCUCACCUACCUGUGCCUGAGCUUCCUGCGCAGCUACUACCCUUGUUACCUGAAGGUCUCCCACCGAGACGUCCUCGGCAACCGGGACGUGCAGGUCAAGAGCGUCGAGGUUUUGAUCAGAAUGAUGACGCAGCUGGUCUCGGUGGCCAAGUCGGCCGAAGGCAAGAACGUGGAGUUCAUCCACAGCCUGCUGCAGAGGUGCAGCGUCCAGGAGUUCGUACUGCUCUCGCUGUCCGCGUCCAUGUAUACAAGCCAGAAGCGCUACGGACUGGCCGUGGCGGAGCGGGGCCGAGCCCAGCGGGAGGACGGCCUGUUCGAGGAGAACCUCAUCAACCUGGGCCAGGGCCAGAUCUGGAGCGAGCACCCCCUGCAGAUUGAGCUGCUGAAGCUGCUGCAGGUGCUCAUCGUCCUGGAGCACCACCUGGGGCAGGUGCACGAGGAGGCGGAGCACCAGGCGGACCUGUCCCGGGAGUGGCGGCAGACCCUGAACUUCCAGCAGGCCAUCAGCGCCCCGCAGUACGUGCAGCCCCACCGGCUCACCUCGCAGGGGCUGCUGGUGUCCGCCGUGGUGAGGGGCCUGCAGCCGGCCUACGGCUACGGCAUGCACCCGGCCUGGGUCAGCCUGGUCACGCACUCCUUGCCGUACUUCGGAAAGUCCCUGGGCUGGACGGUGACCCCCUUCCUCGUCCAGAUUUGCAAAAACUUGGACGAGCUGGUCAAGCAGUAUGAAAGCGAAUCGGCGAAGCUCUCUUUCAGCAUAACCUCCAAGAGGGAAAACAUUUCUCCGGAUUAUCCACUCACUCUUUUGGAAGGUCUAACAACCAUUAGUCAUUUUUGUCUUUUGGAACAACCCAACCAAAACAAAAAGACCACUGCUGUGAGUGACCCUACCAAUUUGAAAAAUGCCAAGAAUGCUAUUCUGGAAGAGCUUCCUCGAAUUGUUAACACCAUGGCCCUUCUCUGGAACGUUCUCAGAAAGGAGGAGACUCAAAAGAGACCCAUGGAUCUCCUUGGAGCCACGAAGGGAUCUUCUUCCGUUUACUUUAAAACCACCAAAACCAUACGACAAAAAAUUUUAGACUUCUUAAACCCCUUGACAGCCCAUCUUGGAGUUCAGCUGACAGCAGCUGUUGCAGCAGUGUGGAGCAGGAAGAAAGUGAAACGCCACAGUAAGACAAAGAUGGUCCCGGCGGCCAGCGCGUCCCAGCUGACCCUCGUGGACCUGAUCUGUGCGCUGAGCACCCUGCAGACGGACACGGUGCUGCACCUGGUGAAGGAGGUGGUGAAGAGGCCGCCGCAGGUCCGAGGGGACGAGAAAUCCCCCCUCGUGGAUGUCCCUGUGUUGCAGUUUUGCUAUGCUUUCAUCCAAAGGCUCCCAGCAACAGCCUUGCAAGCAAACUUCCCUUCGCUGUUGGGUGUGUUAAAGGAGUCCGUGCAGUUGAAUCUCGCUCCCCCUGGUUAUUUUCUGCUUCUCAGCAUGCUGAACGACUUCGUAACAAGAACUCCCAACCUGGAGAGCAAGAAGGAUCAAAAAGAUUUGCAGGAAGUCACUCAAAAAAUUCUAGAAGCUGUCGGGAACAUUGCUGGCUCUUCCUUGGAACAAACCAGCUGGCUGAGCAGAAACCUGGAAGUGAAGGCUCAGCCUCAGAUCUCCCUAGAAGAAUCUGAUGAUGAGGAAGAUUUGCACGAUGCUGCUGCCGCCGCUUCAGCAAUGGUGUCCGCGUCUGCCCCUUCGGUGUACAGCGUGCAAGCCCUCUCCCUCCUGGCAGAGGUUCUGGCGUCCCUCCUGGACAUGGUUUAUCGAAGUGAUGAGAAGGAGAAAGCAGUGCCGUUGAUCUCACGUUUGCUUUACUAUGUUUUUCCUUACUUACGCAAUCACAGCGCCUACAAUGCCCCCAGCUUCCGGGCUGGCGCCCAGCUGCUGAGCUCUCUGAGCGGUUAUGCCUACACGAAACGAGCCUGGAAAAAAGAAGUCCUGGAAUUAUUCUUGGACCCGGCCUUCUUCCAGAUGGACACUUCUUGUGUGCAUUGGAAGUCCAUUAUUGACCAUCUUCUGACUCAUGAGAAAACAAUGUUUAAAGAUUUAAUGAGCAUGCAGAGCAGUUCUUUAAAACUGUUCUCAAGUUUUGAGCAGAAAGCCAUGCUGCUAAAGCGCCAGGCUUUUGCCGUCUUAAGUGGAGAACUUGAUCAGUACCACCUUUACCUUCCUCUGAUCCAAGAACGCCUGACAGACAAUCUCAGAGUUGGACAGACAUCCAUAGUUGCUGCUCAGAUGUUUCUUUUUUUCAGAGUUUUGCUGCUAAGAAUAUCUCCUCAACAUUUGACUUCACUGUGGCCAAUAAUGGUCUCUGAAUUGAUUCAGACAUUCAUACAGCUUGAAGAAGAUCUGAAAGAGGACGAUGAAUCAUUGAGAAACAGCAACAAAAUCAACAGAAUAAAAGUUUCAGUCUCUGAUGGAAAUGGGCCCUCGACGGGGGAGAUACCCCAGAGUGAACUUAUCCUAUAUUUAUCAGCUUGCAAAUUCUUGGACACAGCACUUUCUUUUCCACCUGACAAGAUGCCGCUGUUUCAGAUUUACAGGUGGGCAUUUGUUCCAGAAGUGGACACAGAGGGCCCUGCCUUCCCGUCGGAUCUAGAGGAGAAUCACCAAGAAUGCAAACCCCACACUGUCAGGAUUCUCGAACUUCUAAAAUUAAAAUAUGGGGAAAUCGGCAGCUCAGAUGAGAUCACCACGAAGAGCGAGUUCCCUCUUCUGCGCCAGCGUUCUCUUUCCAGCAUUAGGCAAUUGAUGCCAUUCUUCAAGACUCUAAAUUGUGCUUUUAAAACCCAAAGUAAACUGCCUGCUGACACCCGAGGCCCUCUACUUGUGGAGUUUCCCGUCGCAGAUAGCUCAAGGGUCUUGAAGCAACUGGAAGAAUGUGUCGAAUAUGAUUUUUUGGAACAUCUAGAAUGUUAACCUUGUAAGCCAGAACUUGUUUAAUCCAUUUACUGAGACUUCGAGAAAAACCAGGAUAUAUUCAAAACAAAAAAGGAGCCAGGAUAGUGCUUUUAAACAAGUCUGUCUCAAUUUUGAAAGUAAAUUUCAGAUCAUUUUUCUGGUGGGCAACAAAAUACACCUCCCUGAAUGCCAUGUAAUAUUUUUGGAUCUGAUUUUAUGUUUCUUCCUCAAUUUAUGUAAAGAAAUAAAAUUAAUAUAUCAUCUAAUGGUGGCACAAAAU